GCCCGCGUUACGUCAUGACGUUGUUGCUGGCGGUAUUUUUGUUUUGGCAUCUACACUGUUUAAUGCCAAAUUCGGGUGUAACAUUCACUUAAAAGAAAUUGGGGUUCCCGUGUGUUAUCGCCACAAAAUAUACGUAGGUUUUGUACUUUUGUACAAAACUGUCGCAUAUGAAGACUGACUCCAGCACCAUCAGAGCAGACAGACAUGGAGCAGGACAUCCAGUGCUCUCGGUCUUCAGAGGGUAAAGCAGUGCUGUUAGAGCGGUGUGAGGAGCAGUUCGAACUGCUACAGAAGCUUCAAAAUGAAAUAAUUCUGGCAGACACAGAGGCUAAUGAUGAUCAGUCAAAUGAGGCAGUGAAUCGCCUGAUUGCAAUCACAUCUGAGCUUGAGCAAUGGCAUGAAAUGGAACCAAAAUUGCUGACUAACAGUCCUGAAGUCUUAUUAGCGGUUGGUAAAGAAGAGUUGCAAAGACUCAACAGUCAACUUAAAAUGGUCCUGUCAUGCUCACAAGCAAAGCUGGAUGCCCAGAAAAAGAUUUUGAAAAGGGAGCAGACAUGGCAAGCAGAGAAGAAAGAAGCGUUGAAUGCAGUGUGUGAGAAAAUCACCAGAUUACAGCGUGAAAAUCAGAAAUCAGAGCACAGCAUUUUGCAGGAUCUGAAGAGAAAAAUUAACAAUCUGAAGGACUAUCACGGCAGUCUCAUGGAAAUGCUGAGCGACAUGUUAGCUGAGCACUUCCCACUUCCUGAUCCCCAAGGAAACAGCACGAAGAAAAAAAGAGCUGCUGCAUAUGAUGCAGAGAUUGACCUGAUUUCACUGAGUGAGAUUAUCGAGAGAUUGACCAAUAAAACAUUAGAAACUCCUCAUGACCCUUACGUGACAACUGAUGACACUUUCUGGCCACCAUACACAGAAAUGCUUCUUCGCAAUGGUAUUGCAACACGAUGUCCAGAAGAUUGCAAUAAAAUCCGUCUGGAAAUGUUUUUUUGAAUCUGACUUCACUGAAUCUAAUAUGAAAAUUUGAUUGUUUUGUAUGUCUACAGUUAAAUGGCAAUGUCUAUUAUUUCUUUCAAAUUUGCUAAAUUUUUUUAUGAAGCUUGGCCAUUGUGGUAGUUUAUUGCAGUUUAAAGAUGUAUUUUGGAGUUACUUGUCAAGUCCACAACUUAAAAUGCAAAGUGUUGGUGUUUGUUUUACUUUGUAUAUACGUCAAAAACUGUCCAAAAUUAUUUGUUUUUUAAUGAUGACUUAAAUAAAGUCACCUUGAACAUACAGUAUGACCUUUA